GUGACGAAGGAGACGACGUGCGAAAGCUUCGUAGAAAGCUUUUUGACCUCUCGAAUGGAGUGCUUAACCAGGAGAUUUUAAUGCCUGUGAAGUGGCUAGGUUUUGAAGCUGCUCUAAGCCAGAAGCUAUCACCAGAUAGCAAGUAUAUCCCAGUUGACGAAGCUAAGCAAGAAGCGGAGGCCUGUGGCGUUGGGGAGUUUGAUCAUGCUAUCAAAUUUCUACACCGUCAAGGUGUGGUCGUACACCACAGUGGAUCCAGCAAGGUUGUAUUGGAUCCUCCCUGGUUAAUGAAUCGCUUUACGAAAGUGAUCUCCAUGCCUGGCAAAUUGGAUGCUUUGUCCAGGCACGCUCUUGAUGUGUUCAAGCAGAAAGGCAUUAUGUUUCGAGAAUAUCUUGAGACGCUGGAAGACGCAGAACUUUUAGAAGAGCUGAUGCAAAAAUUUAAUUUAAUUUGUCCUUGCCAGCACGAUGGAAAGGCAGCUUUUUGUGUCCCUUCAAUUGCUCCGGCUAUGAAACCGGGAAAAGAGUUGGAAGCUACCGAUGUUCCAUCGCUGUUUGUGACAUUUCCUCGCCAACUUGUACCGAUGGGCCUGUUUACGAAGCUUCAAGUGAAGUUAAUUUCUGAGUGGGAAAAGCGCUUCCCUAAUCAACUAGCCACGCCGUCCUUCUACUGCAACUACUCCUUGCUUCCGCUUAUUAUAGACGGCGACGUGUAUGAUGUUUAUUUGAUCGACCUCCACGAGUUCAUUAAGAUUACCGUUUCUCCAAAACAGGAUGGCAACCAUUUCAAGUUUGCCAGUCAUCUCCUAGCCACCUUGAAAAAGUGUUUGGACGACCUUAAAUCUCAAGACCAACUAUUUUUGAGCAUGACUAGCUAUGACCUCGAAGUGGAAUGUACCUGCUGCUUUGGUAAAGAAGAAAGAAAAUGUUCUCGUCAUCAUGAGAUCCAGUGUCAUUCAGACCGUUGUGGGCACCGCCACUUCUGGAAGCUUAGUGACCUUCAGAGAUUCUACAACGAUCAAUCCCCUGCAAUUUGCCGAUCGGACAAACACUGGUCCAAGGUGUUUGACAUAAAGAGUGUAAAAAUUUGGCUCAGUACUG